GUUUCCUCUAUGUAUAACUCCUCAAGAAUUGCUUACUAAUUCUUCAAGUCCAGUGUUUUAGAUGGCGAUCGACAACCGUACAGUUGUUGCUUGAAUGGAAGGCUUUCCAUGAAUCUGGAAAUAAAAACACUACGAUUGAACAUUAGUUUGUCGAGUCUCACGUGUUCAAAAUUCAAAUUGAAAAGUGAUGGAAUUUGGGGAAGACGAUUUUGAAAAGUAAUCUGAUAUAUGGUUGGGUUAACUCUUUCAGAACUAAUUCAUCCGAACCAUUCAAACCAACAAGUCUCCUUAAAAGUUCGAAUUUUCAAUUGUUUAUUUGGUCAACCGUUUGCAGCCAAGUUAUGCUCAGUGUGGCUAAAAACAUAUAUUGAGAUUUCAUUCCAAGCUUCGCCGAUCGAUCCAAGAAACUGCAAGCCUCGAGUUAGGUACUUAGAUUUGUUUUGCAUGAAGAUUAUUGAAAGCAUGGUUGAAAGUUUCAAAGUUGAUGAGAUAAUUGGAAGUGUCUAUAAAUAUCCAUGACAUGCAUUCCUCAAGAGCAUCAAACAACACAAAGCUUGGACAUCUUAUUCUUGUUCUCGAUAGAAUUUUCUCAUAGUUAAAAUCCUCAAACCCAACAAACUCUCGAUCUCUCAUCAUAAUGGGAAGUAUACCACAAGAAAAUUUUGCUAUGGCAAGUCCAAAAUCACCCCUUCAAGCUCCCACCUAUGGGAACUUAAUUACUGUUCUGAGUAUCGAUGGAGGUGGAAUUAGGGGGCUUAUCCCCGGAACUAUUCUUGCCUUUUUAGAGUCUCAGCUUCAGAAGCUGGAUGGAGAGGAGGCUAGACUGGCAGAUUAUUUUGAUGUCAUUACUGGGACUAGUACUGGUGGCCUCGUGACUGCCAUGCUAACUACCCCAAAUCCGAAUGAGGGCAAUCGUCCUCUUUUUGCUGCCAAAGAUAUCAAUGAUUUCUAUCUUCAACACUGCCCAAAAAUCUUUCCCCAAGAUAGCUCACCAUUUGCCCCAGCUACGAAUUUGGUCAAAUCUUUAACUGGCCCGAAAUAUGACGGUAAAUAUCUGCACAAUAUUGUGAGGGAAAAAUUGGGAGAAACCCGAUUGAACCAAACAUUGACAAAUGUUGUCAUCCCAACAUUCGACAUCAAACAACUCCAGCCAAAAAUCUUCUCCUCCUAUGAGGUGAAGUACAAUCCUAGCAAAAAUGCUUUGCUCUCCGAUAUAUGCAUUGGAACUUCUGCUGCCCCAACUUAUCUUCCUGCCCAUCAGUUUGCAACCAAGGAUUCCGCCGGCAAAGUUAAAGAAUUCCAUCUUAUUGAUGGUGGAGUUGCUGCUAAUAAUCCGACUUUAGUAGCCAUCAAUGAAGUGACAAAAGAAAUCAGUCGAGGAAGUUCUGAUUUCAUCGCUAUAAAGCCAAACGUCUAUACUCGCUUCCAGGUUUUAUCCUUGGGCACUGGUUCCCAAAAAUGUGAAGGGAAGUACCAUGCUCACAUGGCAGCAGAAUGGGGUCUCUUGGGAUGGUUGACCUGUGAACAUUCCACUCCAUUGAUGGAUGUUUUCAUGCAAGCAAGCAGUGACAUGGUCGACUUUCACCUUGCUACUGUUUUCAAAGCACUUCAAUCGGAAGACAGUUAUCUCCGUAUUCAGGAUGAUACACUAUGUGGAGCAGUCGCAUCUGUGGACAUUGCUACAAAAGAAAACUUGGAGAAUCUUGUAAAAGUUGGGGAAGAAUUGUUGAAAAAACCAGUUUCCACGGUGAAUUUGGAUAAUGGAAAAUUUGAGCUUGUUAAUCAGGGUACCAAUGAAGAGGCUCUUAUCAGAUUUGCUGAAGUGCUAUCUAAGGAGAAGCGGCUUCGUGACAUGAGAUCACCACAUGGAAACCUUGCCGCAAAGAAUAACAAAUAAUCAAUAUUCUUAAUCUAGAAUUUGAAAAAAUUUUAGGUCUUUAGCCGGCCCUGGUUAUUUGCCUUUGUAAUGAAUUUCAAAAUUCUUUUUAUUCUUUUUCUUUGAAUAAUAUGUGUACCCAAGAUGGUUCCAAUCAAUUUGUGAUCAUUAAUUUCAUUAUUUAAUUUAUUGAUAUAAUAUUUCGUACAGACUAAUUUUGCUUUUUUUUUUUCCAUUAAAAAUUAUAACCUCAAGAGGAUUGUACAUAACUUCGUGCUUAAUUAGCUCUGUACAUAAUACAAACAAACACAAACAUAUCAAAGCCACAUGAUGAGAACAUAGAGGUUUUAUUAAAUUUAUCCAUUUAAAAG